AUGGCACCGAUUAGCAAGGAGACCGACUAUCUGGUCAUUGGCGGCGGCAGUGGAGGCCUUGCCUCUGCGCGCAUGGCCAGCUCCAAGUUCGGCACCAAGGCCAUGAUCGUGGAGGGCAAGAGGUUGGGAGGAACCUGUGUGAAUGUUGGCUGUGUACCCAAGAAAAUCACCUUCAAUGCUGCGUUCAUCGCCGAGACGAUACACCAGGCCAAGUCGUACGGGUUCAACGUGCAGGAGACGGCGCCCUUCGACUGGUCCACCUUCAAGCAGAAGCGGGACGCCUACAUCAAGAGGUUAAACGGCAUAUAUGAGAGGAACCUCUCGAACGACAAGGUCGAGUACGUGCACGGCUGGGCGAAGCUCCUGAACAAGCACGAGGUCGAGAUCACGCUCGACGACGGCUCCAAGGAGGUCGUCCGCGCCAAGAAGAUCCUCGUCGCCGUCGGCGGCGAGCCCACGAUACCGCCGACCAUCGAGGGCUCGGAGCUGGGCACCAACAGCGAUGGCUUCUUCGACAUCGCCACGCUGCCCAAGAAGGUUGCGAUUGUCGGCGCGGGCUACAUCGCCGUCGAGUUUGCGGGCAUGUUCAAUGCGCUUGGCGUCGAGACGCACCUCUUUAUCAGACACGAGACCUUCCUGCGGAAAUUCGACCCCAUGGUUCAGGAGGCCGUGACCGCCGAGUACGAGCGCCUGGGCGUGCACUUGCACAAGAAGUCGACCCAGUCGAAGGUUGAGAAGGACCAGGACGGCAAGCUGACGCUUCACUAUAAAGACCAGUCGGGCGAAGGCUCAAUAUCCGGCGUCGACCACCUGAUUUGGGCUAUAGGCCGGACGCCGCUGACCAAGGACAUUGGCCUAGAGGAGGCAGGCGUCAAGUUGGCAAAGACAGGACACAUAGAAGUCGACAAGUACCAAAACACAUCCGUGGACAACAUCUUUGCUCUCGGCGACGUCACUGGUGAGGUGGAGCUCACCCCCGUAGCCAUUGCGGCCGGCCGGAAGCUGGCGCACCGGCUCUUCGGCCCCGAGGAGUUCAAGACUGCUCAUCUGGACUACACCAACAUCCCCUCAGUCGUCUUUGCGCACCCGGAGGUCGGCUCGAUCGGCCUAACAGAGCCGGAGGCUAUCGAGAAGUACGGCAAGGACAACGUCAAGGUAUACAAGACCAGCUUCACGGCGAUGUAUUACGCCAUGAUGGAGCAGGACGAGAAGGGCCCGACCAGGUACAAGCUCGUUACUGUCGGCCCAGAGGAAAAGGUUGUCGGUCUGCACAUUCUUGGCCUUGGUAGCGGCGAGAUGUUGCAGGGCUUUGGCGUCGCGAUCAAGAUGGGUGCGACGAAGAAGGACUUCGAUAGUGUGGUGGCCAUCCAUCCGACCAGUGCCGAGGAGUUAGUCACGCUAAGGUGA